CUGCUGUGCGGUAGGAGGGUUCUCGAAGCAGCGGACCGGGGCGCACGAAGGUGUGGCGGCCGGUGGAGACGAUUCUCGAAGGCGAAGGUGAAGUCUUCGGAGUCAUCCUCCGAGUGUGCUACGCCUUCGUUAGAGCAUCGUCGCCGUCGUCGUCAUCAUCGUCGUCGUCGGUAUCCGGCUUUUCCCGUGGUCUUCGAGAAAGAGACGCUCCGAACCCUGAGUGCCCUCGGACGGCAAGAUGGUGGCCGAGCGAGCGAGAUAGCGGCCGGCCAAAGUCCAAGGAGUUUUGGGCCGAGGCGGGUGUCGUAUCCUUACGCCUCAUAUUAUCAGUUAGCCUCAGAAACAAGUUGUACCACAUCUAAAUCGGCUCUCUUACGGUUCGGACCGGUGCAAGGAAGCGCCCCCGGGGAAAGAUUCCGUGUAGAAAAUAAAACCUCUUUUUCGAACCUGGCCAGCAAAAGUCUAAAACGAAGUCCAAGGAUAUAUAUUCGCGAGAAGAAAAAAAAACAUAAACUUUUUGAUCGUAGAAAAACAACAGCCAAAUUUGAAUUUCCAAACAACUCGGAAAAUUUUAGUGUCCACUUUUUCCUACACCAGGAAGCAUUAGAAUCGACAGCCAGCAGCAUUAGCAGAAGAGCGCAGCAGUGAAGCGGCAGUAGCAAAAUAAUAAAAAAAUAAUAGUGUCACAAUAGCUGUGAAGGGAAGUUCUAAACCCAACCCAACAAAAAGAAAAGUGUUUACCGUGAAGCGACGAGAAGAGAGAGGAGAAGAAAAACGCGCGCGCAAAAACAACAUAAAGAAAAAAAGCACAUAACAACAGCAUAGCAGAUAUCGAAACUCAGCUCAAAUCUACACUCAGUACUCAGAGAAGAAAGCGAAAUAGAAGACCACAACAAAAAAAAACUAAACAAAUCUCAAAGCUUGCUCAACGAGAUUAACAAACAAACACAACGUUUACAACAAGCACUCAAGGAUGCGACGAUCUGAAGUCCUUGCGGUACCACCAGCUUAGACGAACAACAACAGCAAAAGAUGAUGAUCGGGGUUUAACCACUUUGAAAAGAAAAAAAACACCGACCCAAAAGUGAAAGUGUGAAAUUGUGAAACAUCUGUGAAGCAAAACAACAACAAAAAAAAGUACGAAACCUCUGUGUGUUGCAGCAGAGAAGAAAAAAAAACAAGCAGCGACCAAUAACCAUCCGGGACUGCUAAUAUCUCAAAGAAAAAAUGUUCCGACUUAACAGCACCAUCAGCGGAACGGAUUCGCCAACCGGCACCACGAGCGUCCAUCAGGACGGCACCAUCUUCGGUUCUACGGACGUGGCCGGUAGCGUGUCCUCGAGCGUCGAGUCAGUGUUGCGACGAUAGAGACACGACGUUGUUCUUGGUUUUGAAAACACUACCUUACAUAACUUAACCCAAAAUGCAUUUCAUUUCGAACUCUUUCGUUCGCUCGGUGCGUAGCGUUAAACGCGCCAACCACUAAACAAUACUAUAAAACGACUAUAUAAACGGCGUGUGUGUGUGAAAUGUUCUCAAAUCCGACGAAACGGAGCCAAUCUUGUAAUAAGAAUAUUGUAUAAAAAGACACGUAUAAAUAUAACAGAAACAGAAAAACCAAACCAACACAGCAUAUAUUGCAUAGACUGUAGUCAUCCAGGUCCGUGUAAGACGAAGAUCAGACGAAGCGGGUCAGCUAGUACUAACCCCCUAGCCUUAUCGUCGCUCUUUAAAUCUGGCUUUGAAAAAACAAAACAAAACAAGUGAAUUACAAAAAUCGUAUUCGUGCGGAACUAUUUCGACCCAAGUCCAAGGAGUACCCGCUCGGUGGCGCCAGCAGUUCGCAACAUCCAGUAUGCCCGGCGUGGAGUUGGCCGCCUCAUCGAACCAACCGAAACCAUGCCGGCGUUCGCCACGGUCUCCAGCGAUUGGCAGAAGCAGUUCAGCAAGCGUUCAAAUCUGUUGCAAGCGGUCCCAACGAGCCCACGUGUGCCCGUGAGUGAAAAAUUAUGUGAAACCAAUCUGACGGCGAGCAAGCGCCGACGAAAGAAGCAGCAUCCGGCGGACGAUUGAUGUGCGUACCGGAAGCAGCCGGAAGUGGCGAUGCGUCCAAGUGUGGACAAGUGGUUGUUGUGCUGGACCUUGUUGGUGUGAUUAGCAAGCAAACCGAAUCAUGUUAUUCCCCCACGCGCCCCGUCACCCGGGUGGGCCACAAGCGCGGCAACGUCAGGACGCUAGCACCGACCCGAAGGAUAACAACGGUCGUCGUCGGUUGUCAGGCAGCAGCUAGUGUUGCAGCGCCGCACCUCCCCGAGGCGGUCGUGUGCGUGAAGCGCCCAGCGUUGGGCGUUCCUUCCCCCCGAGAAAGUUUUCCGUUCGAAUCGAGCAGUCGAAACAACUGCUCGAGCAAUUUUUUACUACUGCAAAAAACCAUUCCUCUCGCCGCGAGUGCGUGUGCGGGUCAGGCAAAACAUCUGUGGCCGCAAGGAGGGCGGCAUCCACCACCCAUCGGCCGCCAGCACCGGCGAGACGAGACGACGAUCCUUUCCCCCCUCGAGGAUGGUAAAGAAGUGAAACUCGAAAGCGGAAACGCGAAAUAGUUACCGCUCAAACAAGAAAACAAACGUGGGAAAAUAAAAGCUUACAAUUUUAAACUAAACAAACCAAACAUAAACCUAACGGGCAUAAACAGUCUGAGUGGAAUAAGCCUACUUCUCAACAAAAGUGCUGAACAGAAAAACAAACAAACAAACUUAAACCGCGUGUGCGUGUUCGACAAGCAAUAUCGAACAAUUUCUCUCGAACGACAUUCGUAUCACCAACUCGGGAUGCGUAAGUGCGCGUAGUGUGGAGCAUGAGUGUGAGAGGCUACUGUGUAGAGCUGUGUAGGACGGGGAAGAUGGACACACGGUGCGCGAAAGAUUUCCACCCCAGCUCGGUCAAAAGAACCAUCGAACGGGAAACUCGGCCGUGCAGGAGGAGUAUCUUGUGAGCGCGUGUGCGUGUGCAGAAAGAAAGGAUGUAAGCGGUGUAAUGAAUAACAUUUAGUAAAACCGGAAGUGCUUGCAAACGCACGAGAUGAGAACUCAGUUGAAAACGAACAACUUGUAGCCGCCAUGUUGAUGUAGAGGAUGAACAAACCAUUCCAAUACAUCUUAUACGUGUAAUGUGCGAAUGUUUAAACGUCGUGUGCGCGCGUGGACGGGAAAAUCAAAGUUAAAAUAGACGUCCCGGAAGUAGUGUAGGCCGGAAAUACGAAACAAGAGAAAGCAAAAAACAGUGUGCGUUGUGUGUGCGUGUCGGAAAAUCGAUACGCAGUGCUGCUUACAUCGAAGCAGCACAAGAAGCACCGAAGGAGUAACAAGUGGCCUCCGGGCGAAAGUGCUUGUGGAGUGUGGGUGCUUGUGUCUAUAUCGCCGUGAUCGCGCGCAAGAUCCAAGUGUGAGAUCCAUGCCAGUUCUAGCCGAAGCAAGGACAGCCAGUGACUGUGCAGUGCAAGUGAGAGUGUUCAAAUCUAUCUACCACCGGUACGUGCCAAAGUCAAUCCAGUCCCAAGUUUUCAGGGCGAGCGUUUCCAUCGGAAAAGUAGCCAUAUAUAGUAAUAUCACACAUCGGCCGGUUUCCAGCCUAGUCCCAGCAUCGCACUCCCGUUGCCACGUCUUUGUGUGUACCUUGUUCUCCGGUGGGCGGACAGAGCACAGCUAUAAAACACUCUUUCCGUUCCACCUGAGACGCACGUGCUACAAGUACUUCAAGGAUUUGGGGGAUAAAGCUUUAGGUUUUUUUAAAUAUUGGGCGCAUGUCUUUGACAUCGCACCUCGUUUAUUGGUAAAGCUCAUCUGUCACUCCGCUGCUCUCCGAUCGAGGCCAGCAGAAGCGUGAAAAGCUGUUUCUGUACUCUGGUCCCGACCGGGGAGUGCAAGCGCCCAAGACGAAAGCCCGGAAAGCUUAGGCUCCGGAGUCUACAGAUCCUUCUUUCGGAGGAGGACAUUCUGCAACUAUCAUCACACACCGUUUGAAGCGCAGGCCAACCGCUUCGGUUGGUUCGAUCGUCGGGGGCUGCCAGUGGGGGGAUGCCGGAUGGCGCACGUACGCUUGGUCCGAGACGUUUGGCAUCGUCUGGAUCUUCGUGGUCGUCGGCGUCGUCGGGAUCGUAGCCGGGGUCGUCGCGCGAUGUAACAUCUUCACCAACUCGAACGGCGGGAACAUCGUUGGCACCGGGGUGGCAGUGCAAGCGCGUGCAAUUUCCAAAGCACCAAAGCAAAAGAAGAAGAGAAGAAGAAAAAAGAAGAGAUGUCCUGUUGAAAAAGUCGAAGUCGAAGACGAAGAAAAUGAAGAAGAUAAUGCAGUUUUCAUGAGGAGAAGAAAUCAUCAAAGCCAAACUGUGAUACUAUGCAAAUACCUGAAGAAAUAUGCGAAAAGAAAAGAAGAAAACUGUUUUUUAUUAGUGUGGACGGUUACCAUAUGAUACUUCCACAAAAUAUUACCGACAUUCGACACGAGACCGAAAACUACCACUGAUGUCAGGCCCAUGCAAUGGAAGGGGAAAGCUAAAGCCGGGUUAAGCGACCGUUCGGAUACUGGAAGGGGCUUGUCGUUGUGCGGCAGUGGGAAAAAGACGACCGGAAGGAAUCAGCGUGCGAAGGAAAAGGAAAAGGAACGGCAACAGCAGCGGAAGGCCCUAGCGGUUGAUAGUGUGCGUGGCACCGGGGAGGGGAAAAUUUCCCCCACCACCGGGAAGGCGGUCGAAUUUUCAGUGGUGGUGGUAGGUGCCUCCGUCGUCUUCGCCGUCGCCGUCGCCGUCGUCGUCGUCGUCGUCGUUGUUGUCGUCGCCGUCGUCGUCGCCGUCGCCGUCGUCGUUCGCAGCGGCAGCAGGCUGUUCGUGCAUCGUUCCCCUGCUUAUGAUGUCAUCGGAGGAAGACUCUGAUUCUUUCGGUUUGUACGUCGAUAAGUUGCUAAAGAACGACCCGACCGUAGUGACGAACAGCAACAGCAACAGCAACAGCAGCAACGGCAGCAGCAGCAGCAGCAGCGCGAAGCGAAGCAGACAGCGCGUGGACGCAGGGGAACCAAGAAACAGCUACUCCUCGAUACCCAACUUCAGUGCACGGCCGUCCUUCAUGAGCGGCGGUCUAUACGGGGCUAUCUUUAGCCAGGCGCAGCAGCAACACUUCAGUGGACUAUUCGGUCCCGGCGGUUACGGACCGGCGGCCGCUAGCAAGAUGCUCAACGAACUGCUCGGCCGACAAGUGAAGCAGGCCCAGGACGCGACAGACCCGGACACGCUCAGCAUGCUCUCGGCGAUCGAGGCUGCCGCGGCCGGGAUCAGCAGCAGCAUUGCGGCUGGCAACGCCAGCGCCAAUGCCAACACCAGUAGCAGCAUCAACAACAACAGCAACGAUGGUGCCGGAAUGACACUGGACGGCAGUGUCGGCGGCUUAGUGAACGGUGCUAGUGGUGUGGUCAGUGCCGCCAAGCUCGGCUUCGAGAGUGCGACCAAUCUGAACAACAACAAUACGAACACGAACAAUAACAACAAUACGAAUACCGGCAGCGGCCACAACAACAGCGGUGCUGCCGUGGCUAGCAAUCACAGUGGAAGUGCGAAUACUGCGAGUACGCUGAACGGCGGUGGUAGUGGAGUGCCGGAGGUGGUGCCCACGCCGACCAUGGUGGCCAAUCGGCGGAGCAGCAGCACGAGCAGUACUGGCAGCAGUACUAGCAGCAGUAGCAGCAACAGCAGCAACAGCAGCUCCAACAGUAGCGUGAACAGUUGCGGCACGGCUGCGACGCACGGCAGCAACAAUCCCCCGAAUGUGACGAGUGUGAGUGGCGGGGAGCGAGGAAGCCCCGCGGCAGCGUCCGGGGUGAAGCAACCGGACAACGGCCACGGGCUCGUCGACGACGGUGGCGUUAUAGACCUUGACGGUGACUCUACAACGCCACCGGCCAGCGAGCUGGCCCACCACAUGCUGCGCAAUAUCCUCCAGGGCAAGAAGGACCUGCUGGCGCUCGAUCAGGAGCUGCGGGCCACCCUGCAGGCCAGCAGCCAGGGCGGGCGGAUAUCGCCCGACAAUAACAAUGUGAUCGGUAGCAAGAAUAACAACAACAACACGAUCUUCGACGUGAGCAAGAUCAGUGAAAAUAGUAACCCCGCAGUGGUGGUGAACGGUGGUGAGCUGAGUGACUCGAGUGACGCGGGGGGCUCCACCCGACAGAAGGCGACGAAUCCUUCGGCCUCGGCGACGACGGCGAUGGCGGCGACUAAUCAAAAUGGAGGGAAGGGAGUGUCCCUGCUCGGUGAUAGUAGUGCGAAAUGUGAUGACCUGCUGGCGGGCGGUGACGAUCGAACCCUGUCGAACGGGGGCGGUGGUGUGAUGAACCCGAAGCAGGAGAAACACGAUGUGAUCGAUGAGCUGGUGGCGUCUCUGCCGGACGAGGUGGAUGAGACGAUGCCAUCCCCGGCGUCCUCGCACGGUCGAGGGGGAGACGUGAUCAUCACCAAGCAGGAGAUGGACAUCGACGAGUGCUGCCUGGACGAUAAGGAUCGUGACGAGCGAACCCCGUCGCCCGGGAGCGCCGGUGGAAGUGGUGGACUGAUCGGGGGUCAGGGUGGCCGCGCCGAGCCCGAAGCGCUCAACAUGAAGCGGGCUCGCGUGGAGAACAUCGUGUCGUCGAUGCGUGCCAGUCCGGCGAUCCUGUCCCAAGCGCCGCAGGUGAACGGUUGCAAGAAGCGCAAGCUGUACCAUCCGCAGCAGCACGACAACAGUGCGGCGGAGCGGUACGCGGCGGCAGCGGCCGCUGGACUCAACCUCGGCCUGACGCUGCAGAACUUCAUGCUGAGCAGCAGCGCGGCCGCAGCGGCAGCAGCAGCCGCCGCCAGCACGAACAGUGCGACCGAUCCGGCCACCACCGACGACGAUGACGAUCUGGUGGAAACGAUCACGACGACGCCCCACAUUCACCAGAAGCGGGUGGAAAAGGACGUACUUAAGUCGCAGCUCCGCUCGAUGCAGGAGCAGCUGGCCGAGAUGCAGCAGAAGUAUGUGCAAUUGUGCUCGCGCAUGGAGCAGCAGUCCGACACGACCCAGGAGGUUGCGGACGACAGCUCCACGAGCGACCUCAUGGAGGACGAUCUGGCCAGCGCGUCCGACCUAUCGCCCGAGAAGUCCCUUCUGCCGGCGAGCCUCUCGACGGCCACCACACCGGUGAAGGAUGUGGGCAAGGGUCAGUCGAACGCGGCAGCAGCGGCGGCGGCGGCCGCGGCAGCCGAUGCGUCCAGCAUGCUGCAGAUGAUGAGCAAGAUGAUGUCGGCCAAGCUGCACAGUCAGCUACCGCCCGCGCAUGCGGCGCUGCAAGCGGGUGGAUUCAACGGAACGCAUCCAUUCCUGCAGCAUAUGCAACAGGCGGCGGCUGCAGCAGCUACGAUCCCUCACGAGACAAUGAGCCAACAGCAGCAGCAGCAACACCAGCAGCAGCACCAGCAGCAGCAACAGCAGCAGCAACACCAGCAGCACAGUCAGCAGAUAAGCAAUGCGGCUGCCAUGUAUCAGAAGCUUUUCCUCGAGCAGGAAGCACGGUUGGUGAAGGCGGAGCAAGCGGAAAGAAAUUUGCAGGCUACCAAUCAGCAGUUGCUCCAGCAGCAGCAGCAGCAACAAGCUCAGCAGCAGCAACAGCAGCAACAACAGCAACAGCAGCUUCAGGUAAUGUCUCAAGCGCAGCCACCCAGCAUGCCAGAUCGGAAUGCCAGCAGUAAUCCUCAGUCACAGGUAAUAACUCAACCGCAAGUAACAAUGCAACAGCAGCAGCAGCCACUGGUGCAAAGUCAAACUUCUCAGCCAAUGCUACAAUCGCCUGUUCAACAUCCGCAGCCCCAGACGCAGCUCCCGGUGCAGCAGCACUCUCCGCCGGCACUCCCGCAACCGCCCCAGCAGCAACCGCAGGGAGGACUGCAAUCGACGCCACAGCAACAACAGCAUCCGCACUCGGUGUCGCAGCAGCAUCAGUCGGCUUUGCAGCAGCAACAGCAGCAUUCGCCCCCGCAGCAGCAGGCGCAACCCGCCGCGAUACAGCUGCCACCAUCGAGUCACGUGACGGCUCCGGUGCCGAUGGCAGGCCAUCUGCCCCCGAUGCCGAAGGGUCCGACGAUUCCCUCCGAUUUGACGAGCCGGCUCAACAUGAUGCGCUCGAGCGCGAGCUCGAUCGCGCCCAUGUCCGGGACGGACCUCGAGGGGCUGGCCGACGUGCUGAAGACGGAGAUUACGGCUUCGCUGUCGAACCUGGUCGACUCGAUCGUGACACGGUUCGUGCACCAGCGUCGGUUUCUAGGCAAGCAGUCGGAGGCGGCCGCAGCCGCCGCCGAGCAGCUGAACAAGGACCUGCUGAUGGCCUCGCAGCUGCUGGAUCGCAAGUCGCCCCGGACGAAGAUCAGUCAGGCGGAGCGCGGAGCUGCCAGUCAGUCAGCCAUGUUCCAACCGCCGAAGGGGCCGCAGAACAUCAACUCGGUCGCCGCGGCCGCGCUGUACAACUCGAUGAACCAGGCCCUCGGCGGCCCGCCCAGUCAGGUGAAUCCCUUCUGCCUGCCGCCGCCGGAACCGCGCGAGCACAAUCCCGAGCAGAACGAGGCCCUCAGUCUCGUGGUGACGCCGAAGAAGAAGCGCCAUAAGGUGACCGACACGCGCAUCACGCCCCGAACAGUGAGUAGAAUUCUAGCCCAGGACGGUAUCCUGCCGUCCGCGCCUCAGGUGCAGGUUGAUUCACAACAAUCUCAACAACAACACCAACAGCAGCAGCAACAGCAGCAGCAACAGCAAUCGCAGCAGUCGCAGCAUGCUUUGGGCGGUACGAACGGUAGUUGUCUUGCCAACACCCUGAACAACAACAACAACAACAACAACAGUUGCAGCAAGAACAACAACCAGCAGUCAGCGCAGCAACAGUCGCAGGUGACUUCUCCUCAGCAACAGGCACCACCGCAGCAGCAACAGCAAGCUCAGCAGCAGCAACAGCAAGCUCAGCAGCAGCAGCAGCAAUCGCAAGCCCAGUUCAAUAGCCAAUCGGCCAGCACGAUGAAGGGCGAGUCGGCCCCGGCGGAGUGCACCUCACCGCGAUCGUCCUUCCACGGUGGCGCCCCGUCCAUGCUGCCCGUCUCACUGCCGACGUCGGUGGCGAUCCCCAACCCGUCGCUGCACGAGUCGCAGGUCUUUUCGCCCUACAGCCCCUUCUUCAAUCCGCACGGUCCGCACGGUGGCCCGCACGGACCCCAGCCGUCGCAGUUCCACCACAUGAAGGUGUCGUCGAGCCCGCCCGGCAUCAAGGGCAUGUUCGAUCCGCGCGACUCGCCACCCCUGCCCCACCCGCCAACGAUGCUGCAUCCGGCCCUGCUGGCAGCCCACCACGGCAACUCGCCCGACUACGGACAUAUCAAGGCGUCGAUGGAUGUCACCGAUCGCAACUCGGACUGCACGUCCGCGGACAUCUCGUACAACGGCAUGGAGCCUACUAUAUCCUUUUCAAAUAUGCAACUUAUUGACAGUUCCAUUGCAGCUAACCGUUCCUUAACUCCGGUGAACUCGUCAACCCUGACGCCGAUGCACCUGCGCAAGGCGAAGCUGAUGUUCUUCUGGGUGCGAUACCCCAGCUCGGCCGUGCUGAAGAUGUACUUCCCGGACAUCAAGUUUAACAAGAACAAUACCGCCCAGCUAGUCAAGUGGUUCUCCAACUUCAGGGAAUUUUACUACAUUCAAAUGGAGAAAUACGCCCGUCAAGCUGUGAGCGAAGGCAUGAAGAAUGCCGAUGACAUCCAUGUAAGCAAUGACAGUGAGAUUUACCGCGUACUCAACCUACACUACAAUCGGAACAACCACAUCGAGGUGCCCCAAAAUUUCCGAUACGUCGUUGAGCAGACGCUGCGUGAAUUCUUCCGCGCGAUACAGAGCGGCAAAGACACCGAGCAGUCGUGGAAGAAAUCCAUUUACAAAAUCAUUUCCCGUAUGGAUGAUCCUGUGCCGGAGUACUUCAAGUCUCCGAACUUCCUCGAGCAGCUGGAGUAAGAGAACGGGGACCGGAGUAACGGACCAACCCGUUACAACGUCUACCGGUGCAGCGAGGAGGAAGUCGAGGGAAAAGGGUGGGAGACAGGUGGAAAAAGCUAGCUAAAGCUACUAGAGCGUGUCAACCAACUGACAAAUCGAAUACCAAAAAACCCGGAAACGUGUCCAAAGCCCACAACGGGGUAACAAGAAGAUGAAAAGAGAACUACGACACCGAAUCAAUAAUAGAGAAGGAAAAACCCACAAUGAAACAAAAAAGAGAAAGUAAUAUAUAAAGCACUGAUUGUGUUUUGAAACGAAAAGAGAGAGAGAGAGUAAUUUUAUUAUUAAAAAUUAAAGUAAAUUAUACAAAAUUGUUAUCUUAAAACAAAUUUAUGAAAUAUGAGUAUGGAGAGCAGGCGAACCGGAAGGACAGAGAAAACGAUAGCGAUGAACUCGGCGACAAAGCUAACAAUAAGAGUGAGCAAGAGGAAAAAACGAUGAAAAAGGACAAAGAGACUAUAUUAUUUAACAAAAAAAAACCCCUCUAAGCACAGAAGGAGCAAAAACUGGCGAUAGCAAAGCAAAGGCAGAAGCGAAAUCUAUUAAACGAAUCAACAAAAACAAAACAAACAAGUAAUGCAAAAAUGGUAAAACAUUUGUGGUUCCUAUAAUGUAGUGCGCUUUACCCAAAGAUACACACAUACACACAAACACGUAUAAGGCGGCUGGAGACAAACAUACGUAGCCAACACAAUUGAACACAACAAAGCGUGGCGAAGAAAACAAACAAAAGUUGUCCACCAGAAAACCAGCGCAAUCCCGCACUGUACCGGCAAAAGGGUACACACGCGGGAUAAAAGGCCUUCAGAUUUACUGCAAUUUAAACGCUGUAAAAGCGUCAGUGGCAACGAGAAAAACCAUGCAAGAAAUACUUGAAAGACGGAACACACCGAACGGUAUCUCAAAAAAAGAUAAUCAUGGACGGUCAAAAGUAUUUUAGAUGGGACAAAGAAGAAUCGAAACAGAAAGCAAAUCACACGUACACGGCAAACCUCAAAAUUUACCAAUUUUUAGUACAUUUAAGGAAGCGUUAGAAGAAACAUAAGAAGUAAACCAAAAAUGUGCGCCAUUCAGUGCAUCAUCCCUAAAAAGCGUACGGUCGCGCGACAUAUGGUGUGUAUGUCGAAGAGCAGAAGGUAUUCCGUCAUGGAACAGUCACGUGCAUUUAUGGCGCACUAAAACCAGGAAAGAUCAGCGGCAUUGCAAAGGAAAAACACAAAAAGGCUACAUUGCUAAUGGCGCAGGAGGAGGAAACACCUGAUGUAAACUGUAUUGCGUAACGUCGAAUCGAAAGGCGAUUCUAAUCGGCGACUAAAUUACGUACGUUUUGUAGUGUUGAACUGUUUGAUGCAGGAUUUUGUUUUCUAAAAUAUCAAAGGUAAUAUACCUUUGUGCUUACAAAUUUCUUUCUUCACGGCCGUUCACUUAGACUAGGCGUCAAGGUGAGAGUCGUCGUUGUUUUUCACUCAUUUUUCACUGUUCAAUACGAUGUUUUCAUAUUUCUUCAGUUUUGUAUAGUUAGGCUUUAGACUCAUUAGUUUCGUAACUAGGUUUUAAGGAUGGGAGCUGGUUAGAGAGUUAGAGUAUACAUGUACAAAUGGCUAGAAACACGGAUAAGCAGCAUGUGCUUUUCGCACCUGCAAGUCGCGAACUCCAAGAUUAGUCCUUGGGUAGAUCAGCUCGAAGCAACAGAAUCAGAUCACUGGCGCGUUGAACCCACUCUCUGUUGGUUUUUGGCGGCUUCGUGGAUAUGUAAAUAUGUUUAUUUAUUAUUAUAUUUUUUCCGACACGGACUACGGAAGACGGAGGUAUGAGGAAAACAAAAACGAGGCGUUGAAAAUAAAUUAUGUUUAUUGAGCAAAA